AGUGAGGAAAAUUAGCUGGGUGGCUAAUGCUAGUUAACGGUAUGAUUUAGCGGAUUAAUUUCGAUAACCCCUUUCUGAAUGCAUAACCGCAAGGAAAAACGGAUACUGUUUUUUAAACAUGGAGCUAGAGCUAGAAGUUGUGUUGUCAUCCAGCAUCAAAAGGAAGAAACCAUGGCCGCGAUUCUGCUGGCUCGGGCAGGAGAAAGAGUCUGUGUUCCUGUUAGAUGACAAACGGAUCAGUGAGAUCAACAUGGUGUCUGGCCGCACCAAGAAAAGGACACCUAAACUCCAUCCCUUUCUCAACAGUGUGGUGACAAUGGCUUCAUCCCAAAAUGGUAUGUGGCUUUGUGGACUUUUGGUCACGGGAGAGCUGUUUCUGUGGAACAGGGAUAAAGAUUUGUUGAAAACUGCUGCAGCAGUCCCAGAAGUACUUCAUAUGAUUACUACUUUUGAAGGGAAUGCUACAAGGCUGUCACUCCAAGUUUCAGGAGAUGGGAUGCGUGUACUCCUGGUAGCCAUUACAGGGCAAGUGUUCCUGUGGGAAUGUAUGGACAUCAGAGAUUUGACGGGGGUACGAGAUGGCACAGUCAAAGGACACUGGGCGCAUAUACAGCCCCUUGAAGAUACCAUUUUGCCAUCUUUACAAGACAAAGAAGCAUCCCAACACACCAUCUUUGUUAAGACGGAGGUUUUGGGUGAUACCUGCUUAUCAGCAUUUGUUUUCACAUGUGGGAAGAAGCUAAUCCUCACUUGUCUGAAAAUCCAAUGGGAAGAAGGACAUGUGAGAGUAGGUUCUGUGGGAUACAGCAUACGGUGGGCCACCAAGACAUACCCCAUGUCAAGUCUUACCCCAGCAUGCCAACCAGUGAAGUCCAGGGGUGCAUUAGUGUCAGCCUUCUCUCCUGAUGGCCGGCUGUUAGCCAUUGUCCUGAACCAGAGACAGCCCAAGGCUACACAGGUCCUCUUUGUGAGCACACAGAAUUUUGUCUCGGUAUCAAGUAGUCUGGGCGGAUGUGGAAGCAAGAAAUUGGAGAUCCCUUCUAAAUACAUAAGGUCGUACUGGGUCGGCAGUAUGACCUGGUCACCGGGUGGCCUUUUCCUGGCCUGUGUUCUGAAGAGAGGCUCUCUUCUUAUGUUGGCUCGCCUCGGAGGGCUUCUCACUCUCACAAGCUCCGGUUGCAAUGUUGACUUCGGACCAGCACAGUUCCUACCCCUGCACCCUCUCGUCACUUACUGGCCACCAAUGUCUGCAGGGAAAGGGGAGGCCUCUCUGUCCAGCUCUAGUAUGUCUGUGCGGGAUGUCCUGAGGCAGCGAUAUUCUGUGACCUGGCAUCCACGGCUGUUCUAUCUUAUUGUGUCUGAUGGCUACAUGGCCACAGUGUUGAAGGUGCUAGAUAGGCCUUCUCCUGCGCUGCUGCUGAAAACGCUACUAAGGGACACCAGCAAGGACCUCGAAAAAGCCAGCCGGAUCCUGGAUAAAUCACAGAUUAAUGUGAGGGCAUGGUUGGAGUCAGUAUCUUGCCUGAAUCUGGACAGCAGCCUUGAGGAGUUCAAACCUAUCGUUACACGUUUACCCAACACCACAGACUCUGUCAUUUCAGCAGCCACAGAUAGGUCCACUUUACCCCUUUUCCUGCAGGACCAAGGGACAUUUGGUGGCACCAAGGAGCUUCUUGAAAGAGUACAGACGUUCUUUGAAGAUGAUUCUGAUGUAGACGGACCUCCUGUUGGAUCUCAUGUAGAGGAUGGUGGACGUCUGGAGUUUGCCUCAAUGUUUGACACGCUCCACGCCCUUGACGCCAACACUGAACUUGUCUCAAGCCCAGAUCAUGAAAUCAUGAAAGACUUUGCUGAAAGAGAGAGGAAGACCCCUCUUCUACAUCUUGAACUUGGGAAGAUCCAGAGCAGGCUGUUAACAGCCUGGGCUUUUAGCAUGUCUCUAGGAGACACUGUGGAAAACAAAGCUUAUCUGCUAAAGCACACCCUCAACUGUGUUAUGCGGCUUGCUGCUUUACUUCAUUUGAUCCCUAGCUCCACGGUUAGCACGGGGAAAAGAAAUACCUCAGUUUCUACUUGCCUCCUGCACCUUCUCAAAUCGCUUCUUUCUUUUCUUCCAUGGGAUAGCGCUAACUCAGAUGGGCCACGCUGCCUGGGGCUGAUGGUAGAGCUCAGUAAACGGAUGGUACACCUGCUGCUGAGCCCUCAGCCUGAGUCCUACCAGACUGGUCACUGUGUGCUGUCAUCUCAUAGUCUAUCCACAGUACUGCUUAUCUUGCAGCUGGUCUCUGAUUCCCUUGACCAAACUUACAGCCCGCAUCAAAAAACUGUCUGGUCCUCAGCAGAGAAUCAGCCACCACACCAAUGGCCUUCAGAUGUACACUGUGUGCCUCUACUACAGGAUGAGAAGGAAGAGAUCUCCAGCUUUGUAUAUCAGGCUCGGCCUGUCCCCCAGCGACCGUCCAGCAGAAUGUUUGGCGUGUGGCAGCGGUUCUAUGAGAUCACUCAGCAAUAUAUGGAAGAAUUGAAAGGCUUUAAAGGUUGUGAUGGCUUGGAGGAGGAAGAGCAGCAGCUGUCUGUCAUCAUGUCUCAAAUCCAAACAGCUCUGCAAGCUACAGGAGAAAGGCUUGAGGAGGGUCCUGCACUGCUAAGUUACCCAGGUGAAGAUCUUUUCCUGUGUGGCUUGUACCCAAAAAGUGCUGACACAUGGCGGUCACAAAUUUUGGAAGAGAGUAAAAAAAGUUCUGAUCGUAGUGUCUUCCAGGAGACUCGGCUUUGUCUGGCACUUCUAUACAGUUUGUUGUCCCAGUACCAUCUGAGAGAAGCCCAGGAGUUGGGAGACCACAUGGCCCGCUUAAUACUACACAGGGCUGGACAACAGGAAGACAGCACAACCUGCAUAACAGCAGACUCUCUUCCUUGCCAGUGGCUGCCAAUGGACCUUCACAGUGACACAGCCUGUGCAGUGGUUCAGACCCUGGGAAGAUUCAUGGCUGCUUAUUUCACCAAUCAACCGCUCUACAUCUUGCCCCCACACAAUGUGGGCAUCCUGCCUCCACUACACCUACCUCAUGCCCCCAGUGUUGGACGUUUGGUGCCGCUGUGCCAGGAGGAGGUGGCUAGAGCAGUUAGACGACAGCAUCUGUCAGAAGUGUGGACUGUAGAUUAUGCCCAGGACCUGCUCCUGCUAGGGGGUCUGAUUCCUGAGACUGUGUGGUUGGCUUACCAUCUUGGGGACUGGAAGACAGCAGCCUCUCUGAGCUUAGCCUACACCAGCUACUGCACCGACCACUUUGACUUCACUCGGUUUAGGAAAAGAGAGCUCCACCUGCCAACAGUUUUAGAACCAGAAAGCAUUUUUCAGGCUGAGUUGGAGUGUCUUUUUGGCAGUAAGACUGACUCCCAAGAGGGCAGAGACAAGGACAGUGACAAGAGUUUUACAGAUCCCUUGGAAGGAGAAGACUGGGACUUGUUACAUGUUUCCAUACAGGAGAUUCUGAAGGCGUCAGUCAUGGCUGGAGUGAAUGUUAUGUCUUCACCCUUGUCCUCCUUGUUGGACGCAGCCAAAGACCUGUGUUCUGGCCUGCCUGCAGUUGUGCCUAAUGGACUGUAUCUGCCUUCCCCACCUCUCUAUUGUCCUCAGCCUUCCCCCAACACGCAGGACCCAAUAGGGACAUUAGGGCAGUUUACAGAGGUUGCGUCUCGUCACAAAGUGUCUGGGGUUCUCCAAAGAUUACUGUUACUCCUGAGAUCAGCUCAUUGCUGCCAUCCAGCUGCCCAAUGGUACAUCAGCCAUCUACGCCGUGCCAGACACCUACUGCACAAGAUCAAGAAGAAGUACUCCUAUCCAUCAGUUGCUGAAGAGGAAAAGGCUUUCCCAGAGGGUCUCAUGAAGUUUGUCACCCGCACUGGAUUCUUCAAACAAGGACCUAAUAAAGAUGGCUACUUGGACUCUGAUAUCAUUCAAACUAUUAUCUGUUUCAGGGAGCUGUGUGGUUUAUGCUGGAUGCUUCACGUCAGGGAUCAGCUCUCUAUUUCCUGCAGGAAGUAUCAAGGUGCCAGACAGAGUGGUAGAGAUGAACAGAUCCCUGGUGAUUCAGAAGUGAAUUCUGCCUGUGUGGAUGCUCUCCACUGGGCCUGUCGUUUUCUACCUUUCUCUCAUUUCCUCAAUGCCGAGGAAAUCCUCCAGGACAUACUGCUCAGCCUUGUGUCUGAACUGCCUCCUGUGUCUCUGGUGGCAGACACACUGGCACACGCUUUCCCAAAGGAGGAAGAGUCUGUCAGAGUCCCUCUAAGAGAAAAGUAUAACUCACUGCUGCAGAGAUUGAGACAGUGCAAUGUCCUUGAAGAGGAAACACAGGAGCCAACUGAGCUGAUGAUCAUUCUUCUUCAAGACAAACUCAGGCAGAGGAGAAAACAUCUUGGGCGUUUGAAGAGGCACCUUGCUGCCCCUGUGCUCCAUCUGUGGGAGAAAGAGGAGGAAGAGGAGGAGAAGGGAAGUAAACAUGGGAUGGCCAUGUUAAGACAGCUCUCCCUGGGUACAAGUCUGAGCACCAGCACUUUAACUGACUAUGGGUUCCCCCCACUGUGCAGUGAUGUAGACACAGCAGAGAAUACAUCUGAGGCUGUCUCUCCUGAACAGAAUAACAGAUCAAUAAACAGGGGCGAAAAAGCUAAACUACGAGACGGAGAGAGUGCAAAGAAGACUGUUAAGAUUGAGAGGGUGAUCCAGGAGGAGAGUUGUGCAGCCAAUGCCAAAGAGAAUGAUGACCAACAUAAUGUGGCUCUGCCCUCCUUACCGGUGGUUGGCACCUGGGAGUUUGAGCUGGAAGAUGAAGAAUAUCUCAAUUUCCUGGAGCUAUUCCUCAGCUACGUGCUCGAAAAGGAUAGUACUGAUGGAGGGGACUCAGGCAGUGAACUUCCUUUGUUGAGAGGCUUCUCCUCCAAGUUGAGGGAGAGGGAGUUGCAUUCUCUAACCUUUGAUGUGCUCACAACUAUACAUCGACAUCAAAGAAAUGGGCAGCAUCCAGCAAGAAAACACUGGAGCAACAAUCCUCCAGUGUUCAGAGCUGGCUGCUGCUACAAGUCUAUACAACAAGUUACAAUACCAGAGCCACAAAACUCCAUCUGCAGCGAAGUCCACAUAUCAAGUACUGGCCUUGCUGUCACCUCUCUUCCUGGGUUCAGAAAUGGGAGGCAAAACGGUCUGUUUAGCCUCCAACAGCAGAGCCGUGUGCCUUUAGUCCAAAGAAUGAGGAGAGCCUACUCUGGUUCUGACACUAGCCCUAAUCAAAGUGCUUUUCCCAUGGCUCAGUCAUCAGAUUAUUUGAUAUUUGGCUUUUCAACCUCAGUGGAAACCGUGGUAGAACUGCAGCAGGGCCUCGAUCCUAAAUUAGAAGCUCAGUUCCCAGAGCUUGGCAGACUUCUGGAGUGGAUGGUACGAUGGGCUGAUAGGAAGGUACUUCUGGGACAUCAUGGCAAAAAGAAGAAAGCCAAGGGAGAGGGGAUCAGAGGAGCAGUUAAUGAAGGAAUAGUGAUUCGCAUUAAAGCCUCUGCGCCUGCUGUCCUCACAUCUCUCAGCCUGCUGGAGCACAGGUACACUACUCUACUUGAGACCGAUCAUUACAGUGCCCACAUCCAGAUUCCAGAAACACGGUGGACUGUAGUCCCUGUGCUGCAACCUGAGGUGGAAGAGCUGAAGAGAGAGAGCAGUGUUGAUACAGGCUACCCUGGAUCUGCCAACACUCCCAUCACUGGCCUUGAUCACAAUCUACAAGAAGAAGAACUGUUCAUAGAUUCUCACAGAGAUGAACCAGAGGAGCUGACGUUUCACAGGACACCUCUCCCCAAUGACCAACUUACCUUUGACACUCAGAUGAGACUAUCAAGUUCACUCCAGCUGUCUCUUGGUGAUUUAGAUGUUACACCUGAAAAAGAAGGCAAAAGUAGUGACGGUGAGGGCGUGGAGGUGUCGUCUUCUGUUUCCAAUGGGAACAUCUCUGGAAACAUCUGCACACCUGAAACAAGUUUAAAACUUGCAGAUCUAGACUACUCAGAAAAAGACUCCACCUCUCUUUUAAGCCACAGUCAUACUAGAAGCCAACAAGCCCCUACACACCCAGAGCCAAAAGCUCUUCCCAUCGUCCAGGCUGAGACAGUGGUCCAUGCACAGCUCCCUGAUCCAACUGAAGUACUGCUCCCCAAUGCACUAGAAGAUCCCCCAAAUGUUCAGCCACAAAUCUCCACAGCCAGUGCACCCAAUGUGGUUCCUACUGUCCCCAGCCAGACAUCGUCCACUCCGCCAAUGAGACAACGUCUGGGUGAAGACUUAUUCAGAUUGGUCCAGCAUAUCAACUACAUGGGCCUGAUGGAAGUUUUGGGAGAGUCAUUUUCCAACCUGCAACUGGCCCAGCAGAACUCGUCUUUGGCACAGUCUAACACAAACAACUCACACCCUAAUGUUCCAUCAUCUUGUGCUGCCAAUUUCACACCUCGACAAAAUGCCUUGUCGGCUCAAUCCACAAUUUCACGGGCCCCUCAGACACAGGCAUGUGUGCCAUGUUCAGAAUCCAGCAACACUCAGUUUAGUCAGGCCCCUGCAUGCAUGUUUGCAAACCAGCCUGCCACACAGAGCUCAGGGAAACUCUCUCCAACAGUUGAUCAGUGUCAAAGCACCAGGAAUCUACCCUCCAUUGCCAACGGUGCAGGUGUAAAUUAUCAGGAAAUGCAACCGCUCUCUGUCCAGGCAGAGUCACCAGAAAUUCAGUUUAGUCAAAGCAGAAGAUUAAUCCCCCCCUCCCAAGGGCUUCUGACCACUACUGACACCAGCCAUGCAAUUAACAGUGCCCCUGUAAUAGUGCAUUCAAAUGGGAGCGUACAAUCUGACCAUCCUACCCAGGUCAUGGGCGUGAAAUUACUCAAGCUCCAUCGUCCUCCGUUGCCCCAGCAGGGUGCCCCACGCUGUCCCCCAGCCCAAGGAUUCCAGAUGCCGCUCACUGCAAACCCUGCUACUCUGGAACCCUUUCAGCCUCAGCUUAAACACAAUCACAAAGCUUCCUCAAAGAAGACAGAAGAGGAAAAAAGAAGUGGGUCUUCAGUUCCAAAAAGGCCACUCAGUUUUAACAACAAUCCUCCACAUGAUCCUACUCCCAGGAGCUAUCAUGUGCAGAGUCAGACAUCAGAGAGAUCCAGGGUGCAAGACUUCUCACUACUCCCUCCUGCUUUACCAGCUCAUGGACCUUCACCAACCCAGGGCAUUCGCCUGCUGUGCUUUCAGAAUGUUCCACAGAGAAACAUCACAUUCCCCCAAAUCCCCAUAGUGUCUUCCUCCAGGCCCUUUAAUGUAAUUGCAGCGCCAAUUGCAGAAACACCUAGCAUCAAGCUUCUUUGUAUAGACUCUCAGCCAAAAAUGAUGUUGCCCCAGGCAGCUGCUUCAGCCCAGGUGACCCGUCUCUUCUCUAUGGAGGAGUUGACUAGCUCGGUGACAGGGAGGCAGAAUGCUGAUGAAGCUCGACUACGGUUGCUCAGAGUUGACCCACCCAUUGAAAGCAGUAGAAGAGCUACAACCUCUUCCAGCUCUAACUCCAGCAAAAGGCAGAAAAGGAGAGAGCAAAAGUCUGGGAGGGCAAAAAAAGCAGAGGUCACAUUUAGGCCAGAUGAGUCCAUCAUCCCUACACAAGAGCCAACAAGUGAGCCUGUGAAUGAUGAGCCAGCAGCUGCAGAAGAGAUCACCCCCAGACUGGAUUUCGCUGUUCAACUUGGAUCUGUUGACUCAAUGUUGAGUGGUCAGAGAUUAUUGGACAAGGCAAUGUCCACUGCAGCCGAGCUCCAUGCCUUUGCUGCCACAUGUAAAAGUCCCCCAGAGUGCCAUGAUGCUUUCACAAACACAGACCCAGCUUGUCCUCCCAGACUGGUGGAUAAAGCUGUGUCUGCUCAGGCCUCUGUGACUGAUAGUAGUCCUAAAUCACAAAGGUCAGAGAAUCAGCAGUUUUACAAUGAACCCCCUGUCCAAGACACAGUGAAGACUUCACAGACACCACAGAUGAAGAAUCUGGAUCUGCAUGGACGCCAAUUCUUAAGUGUUUUGGAUCUAGAAGACCAGAUGCAGCACCACGAUUUGCAAGCCUCUCUCAUCCCAGGAACACAGGACGUUCCUUCCAUCCCUUCUUCACCUACAUCUGCUCAGCUUCAUGUACUUGCAACUUCUGUUAUCUGUGGUGUGUCUCCUGCUACUGAUCCACAACCCUCAUUCACAAUUCCAGAUGAUAUCCUGAAUCCCUCCACUCACCCAGAUAUCCUUGAGGAGACUCCUUCACUCAGCUACAUUGAGCCCAAGUGGGAUCCAGAGAGAGUUGCUCCACAGAAUAUAUUAGAUCCAUUUGAAUCGGAGAUCUGUCAAUCCAUAAAGAUCCCAAGUACUGAAUUUAACAGUGCCCCGUACACACCUCCAACAGUCUGGUUCUCAUCUCGCCUCUCAGAGCUGGAUGUACAGUUAGCUGUGCUACAGAACAUUGCAGACCACCUGGAAAAAGACUUUACCAACUCCAGGAUGUUGGUGAACACUAUUGAAAAGCUCAGCCCAGUUUCGGGUCCUAAUUCAAAGACUGCAGGGAAAAAAACUGUCAGACUGGCUGUCCCACAGGAAGCAUGGGCACCAAGACUUGCCACUGUAACAGAACCAAAUGUGUAUGAAGAUGAAGAAAAUCUGGAAGAACAAUACGUGGUUCAUAAUGACUCCUGUGCCACUGAAAGAAAACCUUUUCUUUAUUCCAAUUCUUCUCACCGUCCCAGUGCUGGCCCUUCCCACCCUCACACUCCUCCAAGUAAAGAUCAUGACAAUAACUGUCACAGUGUUUGUGUUUCUCGCACAGGAAUUACACACCAUGAAACUGAAGAAGCUGAACUAUCUCAAGUAUGGGCAGAUAAGAAUCUGGGUGAGACUGGGCUAUCUGAUACAGCAGAAAUGUUAGAAGAGUUAAUUAGAGAAGGAUAUCUAUCCCCGACUGACCUGGAUUUGUCCACUUCACAGACUGCACACCAUAGCAGCGCACUGGAGCAGCAGCAAAGUAGCUGGAUGUCACAGAGACGCGUCCUUCCGGAGGAUGAGAGGAGAGAGCUGAGGAUUUGGAUGAGAAAGAAACAGAGGGAAAAACUGGCUGUUUAUCACAAACACAGAGAGAGCCUGAAGGAGAGGGAGCGCAAGCCUUUUUCUACUUCUGGGACAACUAAAUCUACAAACAGAAAUCAAGCAUCCAUUUUGAGAACCAGGGAGGAAAAAGAAAAGGCCAUGCUUCUGGAGCAAUAUAAUCAGAGGACUCAUGAAGCCCAUUCUUUGGCCAGUGAAGUUUUGACCGGUUCUCCAAUCCUGCUUAGUUCUUCACAGCCUGAAGGUGCUCCGAUGACCUCUACCACACGGUCCACCUCUGCUCACAGGACCUACACUAUAUAUCCUAAUGAUAAAAGAAGUGUUAAGUCUGAGUCAGGACAAGCUCAGCCCCACCUUCAUCCAUGGACUGCUGAGGUGCAGGAAUGGUCUUCAGAGGACCACCGCAGGAGACUGGGACUACAUAGACCAGUGACCUCUCUGCCAAAGGACCGCCUGUCUCAGGUCACCAGACGUGGCAUGCUCACCAUCACAAAGAGCCACAGUAAACUGCACACAGCCAGCCAGGGUGAGGAACUGCAGAGAAAGAUGGGUUUGAACAAAAGUCCUACAGGAGGGAUUCAGAGGAAGCAGACCAGGAUAGAAGAGAGAGAGGAGAGGGAUGCGGUUAAUCUGUGGGAGACCUCUUCGGAAAUGUUAAGCCUGUUUGGACCAGAGGAGUCAAAGUCUAACAUGGUUUUGGCCGGGCUAUUAAAUGCCCAGGAUGAUGGUGCCACAGCUGGUGUGUCAGCGAUGGACUGGCUGGACAACCUCUCUGAGAGCGCCGGCAGCAGCCUCAGCAAAAUAGACUGGGCUGCUAUUGAGAGGAUGGUGGCUGCUGAGGACACAUGAGUGUUUAAAGAAAAGGAAAAAACUGUGCAAUGUUGACACCUCAGUAGAUGGUAUAUUACUUUUAAAUGAUUUCGAGGAUUUUAUGUGCCUGUUGAAUGUACUGUAUGUAGAGGCAACUGUGAUAACAGACCUUAUAAUUUAUAUAAUAAAUUUGAUCAACAGUGAUAUUAAAUAUA